AUGGAUCUUCCCCAUCUGCCUCCUAAACCUCAGAAAAUUGAGUCUCAACCUUCAAGCAAUCAAGCAUCUUUACCCAAAAACGUGAAUUUGCUUCCAUUUGUUGUUGUAGAAGAUCUUUUAACCAAACAUCAAAGUGAGCUGGAAGACUAUGUGCUAAGAUUGAAUGACUGCCAAGACAUUGAAAAGCAGAACUCACAGUUUCAAAGUAAGCUGAAGAAACUGCUCCAAUUGUUUGAAAGUACAGAAACACGCCGGCGUGAGUUGAAUGUAGAACUGAGCUCCCUGCAGAAGCUCGAAGCAGAAUAUGAAAUUAAAUGGGAACAGUUAAACAACCUAGUUUCAAGAUCUUUCAGUCAUGAGGCUCUAGCAGUGACAAUACAGAACAAUUUAGAGAUUCUCGAAAGCCAAUCGUCCGUAGCAGAAGCUAAUUUUAAGGGUGAUGUUGACCAGUUUUUGGGUCAGUUUCUUGAGCUGAGAACAAAGUACCACCUUCAGCGAAAAUUACUUCAUUCGUGGAACCAAGCAGGCGAUUCUUAA